AUGCUCGAAAGUUUAGAGUGUCCCGGAUACAAGGACUCUCUCGGAGGUGAAAUUGAUGUGAACGAUACAACAGCUUCACAGAGUUCUGCAAUAACUGAUCCACCGCUGUCAUCAACUGAAACUUCGAUAACUCCGGACAGUUCAAAAAUGAUUGAACCAGAAAUUGAAGAGUUCCCUCUAGCUUUAGAAUGCAGCAACGGUAGACAGCCAUCAGGAGCGUGUAUUGAAGGUCGUUGUACAGAUGGUUAUAUUUGCGAAGAUGGAGUCUGCUGUCGUAAGUCUUCUAAUGUUGUCACCUUUGAAAAAAUUUCAGCAAUUCCGAAGCCAAUUAGACCAUUUGGUUUUAGACGUCGAACAACAACAACCAAAACGCCCAUUUCAGCUACCAGUUCCAGUGCAGUAAUCGUUGAGGAACUUCAGUGGUCAGCCUGUCCUGCAGGCGAACCACUUGGCAGUUCAAUAACACCUGCAGUUAGUUGUUCGGAUGUGCUGAAACGAUGCGAUGUAACAAUGUGCAGCCAUCGUGGAUACUAUGAAUUUAUGACCAGAUUCUGUACAAAAACCUGUCGACGCUGUGAACGAGUAUAG